UUCUUUUCGAAUGUUCAGCACGUGGAUUUGUUUUGUAAAGUGAAACGUCGCGUUGACACCGCAUCGACUCAAAAAUUAUAAACAGAAGCAAACGUAGGAAGGGAUAAUGGGGAAAAGCAGGAAAAGGAAGUUUGACAACAAAGAAGACAACAAUGAGUUCGAUUUAAGUAAAAAACAUUUAAAAACGGGUCACAUACGAUCCAUGGAGAAGCGUUUGAUUGUGGUUCUAGAGGGAGCGCAGCUGGAAACUGUCAAGGUUGGAACUGCAUUCGAACUAUUGAACUGUGAUGAUCAUGCCAGCAUAAUGCGGAAAAAUCAACGUGAUCCUGGAUCUUGUCGGCCAGACAUAACACAUCAGUCGCUUCUCAUGCUCAUGGAUUCGCCCCUCAAUCGGGCCGGUCUCUUGCAAGUCUACAUUAAAACCGAGAAAAACGUCUUGAUCGAAAUAAAUCCUCAAACUAGGAUACCCCGCACUUUCAAGCGCUUCGCAGGCUUGAUGGUGCAAUUACUGCACAAAUUCUCAAUUCGCGCGAACGAUUCAACAACGCGAUUAUUGAAGGUCAUAAAGAAUCCAAUCACAGAUCAUCUCCCGGUUGGCUGUAAAAAGUAUGCGAUGUCAUUUAGUGCGUCAAAGGUGGUUCCAUGCAAGGAUCUUGUGCCAACGGAAGAAGAGCCAGUAGCAAUAGUUGUUGGAGCAUUUGCUCAUGGACAACUGAAAUUAGAUUAUACAGAAGGUGAUUUUUCGAUAAGUAACUAUCCACUUUCUGCAGCAAUCACAUGCUCUAAAUUGUGUAAUGCAUUCGAAGAAGCUUGGGGUAUCAUAUAAGUGAUCAACAUUGUUAUUACUAGAAUACAUUAAAUAUUAUUUUAUAAUUUGAAGUAAUCAA